AUGAUAUCAUUUCUCUCUCAAAUUCCGUACGCACAACCAGAUCCCAUCUUUGAAUUGACUGCUGAAUACAACAGGGAUGGCUCAACGAAAAAAGUCAAUCUGGGCCAAGGCGCAUACCGGGAUGAAAAUGGGAUGCCUUGGGUACUUAAAUCUGUGAUUCAAGCCAAGAGGGCUAUCGAAGGUAGCGGUCAUGAAUACCUACCAAUCCUUGGACUUGAGGAUUUCAGGAAAGGGUGUACAAAGCUUCUGUUUGGUGAAGAAUCACCCAUUGUUUUAGAAAAUAGAGUCGGCUCAUCACAAUCUAUCUCGGGAACAGGAUCGUUGCAUUUGGUAGCUAUCUUUCUUGCAAAUUACUAUUCAACAACCCACAAGGUAUUUAUUCCAGAUCCUACUUGGAAUAAUCACAGAGCAAUUUUUGAAGGCGCUGGGUUUGAUGUACAGUUAUACUCCUAUUUUGACAGCCAUCAUAUGGCUCUUUACUUCGAGCGACUCCAAGAAGAUUUAUUAAGAUGCCCUGAGGGAUCUAUCGUCGUCCUCCACGCUUGUGCUCACAACCCAACGGGGAUUGAUCCCUCUUUUGAGCAAUGGAAGAAAAUUGGGAAGAUCGUGAAGGACAAGCAUCUUUUUCCUAUAUUCGACGCAGCUUACUUAGGCUUUAACAGUGGCAGCAUCGACACCGAUUGUUGGGCAAUUAGAUACUUUUUUCACGACUUGAACCUGACGGGAGCUGUGUGUAUGUCUUUCUCCAAGAAUAUGGGAUUGUAUGGGGAGCGUGUGGGAUGUGUUCAGAUAAUAACCAACACUUUCGAUGAGGCCAAAAAUGUUGAGUCUAUCCUUAGCAAGUUGCAGCGGUCAGAGGUAUCCAACCCCCCAGCAUACGGGGCUCGUUUAGCAACUGCCAUCUUCUCCUCGAAAGAGUACAUGCAGCAGUGGAAAAUAGAUUUGAGAACGAUGUCUUGCAGAAUCAAUACAAUGAGAAAAUUGUUAGUUGACAAUUUGCGGAAACACAAUGCGCCGGGUUCAUGGGUUCACGUUAUUGACCAAAAUGGAAUGUUUGGCUUUCUGGGACUUACGGAGACUGAAGUCAAGGAUCUCAGAUUAGAUCAUCAUAUCUAUAUGGCGGCAAAUUCCAGAAUUUCGAUUGCUGGCCUAAAUGAAGCAAACGUUGAAUAUGUUGCACAAUGUAUCACGUCAGUGGUGUCGAAAAGGUGA